CUGUUUAUAUUAUGGCAAUGGCAGAUACCAAGGAUGAAAUCCAUUCUCCUGACACUUCAGACGACCAGUUAAAGUUUAGAGACCCUCUCAUAAGUGGACUGGAUGCCAGUGAUGGCGAAAUGGAAAGCUUGAGUCUUGAUGCAUCAGCAAGGUCAGAACCCAGUGUCUCUAGAAGUUCUAGUCUGAUGGCAAAUCUUAGUCGCUAUGAUGAUUGUUUGGAUGAUGAAACAAGAGAUCUAUUUGUGGUUGUGGAUGACCCAGAAAAACAUACAAGCACUCUGGAGGCAUAUGUAACAUUCAGAAUAACCUCAAAAACAACAAGAAGUGAGUUUGAUGACAGCCAGUACCAAGUUCGCAGAAGAUAUAAUGACUUCCUCUGGCUUAGACAAAAACUAGAAGAAAGCUAUCCCACACAUCUAGUACCUCCCUUGCCAGAGAAGCACAGUUUACGCAGACUUGACCGAUUUAGUCCCGAGUUCCUGAAAGUCAGACAACAAGCGUUACAAAAGUUCCUGACACGUUUGGCAGAUCACCCGGUUCUUUCCUUUGAUAAAAAUUUUCAAGUUUUUCUGACAGCAAAAGCCUGGGAGUUUCAAGCUCAUAAGAAGCAUGGGACUGGAAUUCUGAGCAGGAUGUCGGACUCCAUUCACAACAUUAGUGCAUCUUACAUGAUGAAGAACCGAAGUCCAGAAUUCACCCUGAUUUAUGAAUAUGUACAGACCUUUGCUGAGAAGCUCGGUGUUAUUGAUCGCAUAUCACAGAGGAUUGUUAAAGAACAAACAGAUUAUGUACUAGAGAUGUGUGAGUGGGGUCCUAUCUAUACACUGUGGUCAAACUCUGAGGACCAGUUGACCUCCCCCCUUUUAGCCAUGUCUAGAGCUGUUGAUGUGUGUGCCCAGGCUCUGAAAGAAACUAUUGAAUCAACAGAGGACAAUUUCUCACAGCCUUUGAAGGAGUAUAUACUCUACACAGAUGCUAUAAAAGCAGUUUUAAGAAGAAGGGAUGCAAUACAAAUGGAAUAUGAGACAACAGUAGAUGAGCUGAACAGAAAAAAAGAUGAACGAGAACAGGUGAAGAUUUCUGAUCAGACCUACUCUAUUGGGGCCUUCCUUGGCAAAGAUCCAGAGGAUGUCAAGCAACAGAAACAAGAUAAACUGGAACAGCAGAUAGAGGAGCUUACCAAGAAGAUGGAGGUGCUGAACGACCGGACGGUUUGUGCGGACACUGACCUGAGGGUGGACAUGGAGCGAUGGCACAAAAAUAAACAAAAAGAUCUCAAAGAGCUCUUCAUAGAGUCUGCAGAUAGACAGAUUCUAUACUACGAAAAGUGUCUGAAGGCUUGGGAGGAUGCAGUAAGAGCCAUUCAAGCCAAGGACGUUUUACAAGAUGUUCCAGAAUCACAGGUGACAGAAACAUCACCCAAUAACACAUCAUCAGAGGAUCGCGGGGACACAAUGGAGGAAUCCAGCACCACCAGCGAGCCUCACGAGGGGGGAACUAACAGUGAACCCUCUGUAUAACGGGAGGAACCAACCUUUACAAACUGUUCUCACUCAUGUCUUAAUGCUGAAAAUAGUCGAGUCAGGUCAAGACAGAUUUUUAUGAUCUAGUCAUAUUUUCUUGAUUUUUAUGAUUAUUAUGUGAGAAAAAUGAUCAUACCUGAAUAAAAACGUACUCUCCUGGAAUUGUUUUCUGGUAGGAAUCGUGUAAUUUACAUCUUGUAGCAGUAUCUCAUGUUUUGUCAGAUGUAGAGAAAAUAUGCAUAUAACAAUUUUAAAUGACACAUGUACAUGUAUUUGAAUGAUAUUUGUUGAGCACAUGUUGUAUAUCAAAUUUUUUAAUCUAUAAGCAACUUAGUCUCUAAAAUCUAAACUGUGAUGUUAUGUAUAUACAUGUUUUAUAACUACGACUAUAUAUGGUAGAAGAGGGACCCAGAUUGAUCUUAAGUUAGCUCCCUUUAUCAGUAUUGCAUUUAUUCAUGUGUCUUUUUGAACCCUGUGUAAUUCGUUACUGAUAUUUUGUUUUGGAGCAUUUCUGUUUUUACAUUUUAUGAGAAAAAAGGGUUUCACCUUGUUACAAACAUUCCAUAUACCCUAAGUUCAUCUUACUGCUUGUAUAAUAAAGGUGAAUCAAUCUACAUUUAUAAUUUAUCCAUUUUUUGUGAUAUUUUUAGUUAGUGUUUCACUUUGAAGGAGGAAAACAAUGACAAAUUGUUUAAGAUAAUGCCGGUAAUGUAGCUCACCCUCCAUUGAAAAUUUUGAUUUUCAAAACAAUACUCAUUUAUUUAAUACGGUACACAUGUAUUCAUAUUUUCUUCUUUUCGGGAGGAUUUAACUGAGGAUGGAGAAAUCAUGUCUGGGUUUUUUUCUGUGAGCAUGGUAGCAUUUUCUGUUUCUUGAAAGCAGGGUAACUUUGAACUGUAUGUGUUAAAAACUUAAAUAAACUUGGAAGGGGGUUGUUAUGAAGAACAGAUACAUGUAGUUUACUUUAUUUAUCACUGAAAUAUAAAAAUACUCCUUUACUGGAAAUAGAAUAAAACAUGUAAACCUUGCAUUAUACUGUAUAAGUUAUCCAUUCAUGAUAUUUUUAUAUCUUUAAUAUAUAUAAGCUUGUUUAAGGCUAUAACAGUAAAAGCUGUUUUUUUGUUGUUUUUUUUCUACAUGAGGUCCAUGUGAAUCCCAAGAUAAAACAAAGAAAGGUUGUUUUGUUUUAAUUUUUGUUGAUAAUUUAUUGUGUGUGAUAUUAUUUUUGUGACUGCCAUUUGUCCAUGCUAUCUCUCUCUCUCUCCCCCUCUUUCUCUCUCUCUCUCUGUUAUUUUUGUCUGCUGACUUGUCUUGACUGAUCAUUGUUUUAGAUUUCAUGCUUUGCUAAAAACAAUGUACUGUAACUUUAAUACUUAAUGUCAUAUUUUAUUGCAACUAAAACAGAUUUGGAUUGAAGGUAUCAAUUUUCAAAUUUGCACUGUAUGAAAUGUGAAAACUAAGCAGGAUAUAAAAAUUAAUGUCACACACACAAACAGUAAAUAUGGGUUUGUUAUUUCUAAUCUAGAAAAUGUUUUUACUUUUUUGGACCAAAAUUGUUCAAUUUAACUUGGGUCAUCUUGGGGCAGAUUCAAGACCUACAGAAUCUUAAUUCAGAUUUUGAAAAUCUAACCUCUGUGUAGCAUAACGUACAGAAUUGGAAUCCUGAUUAGCUUUUUUUUUGUAUGCACACAUGUUUUUCACUAUUCCUAAAGUUUAUCGAAUAAAAUUAUGGAAAUACUUAAUAUAUUGGUGUACAAAAACAUUGUACAGUGUAUUUCAUUUUUAAUGGUCAUUAACAAAAAAAUGGUUGUUAGUUUGUGAAUUUUACAGUUGAUGUAGUUUUAAAAAAGAGGUUAACUAGAGUUGAUAACAGUAUAUAGAAGAAACUUAUGAAAUCUACUUGCCAUACAAAAUGAAUAUUAAUUUGCUAAGAUGCAGAAAUCUUUCAAGAAAAUGCAGAAUACCAGCGAUUUCAAUUGACACAUCACUUGUUUAAAUUUCAGGUGGCAUUACUAAUUUCUUCAUUGAUCUCUUUUUGUUAAUGUACCAGGUAGACAGUUGGGACUGUGAACAGGAUUAGAAUAAUAAGAUUAUACAUGUAACAUUAUAAUAUCAAAUGUUUACUGUGCUCUAUCUGUGCAAUAUUGUAGUUCUUUAAUCAAAGAUGUUGUUUUUGAUUAAUAAAGUGUUAAACACUUUUGUUUAUA